AUGAGUACUCCUACCAUUCGUCGCGUUUCAGAAUGCUUCAUCAAGCCACAGCGUCUCACCCAUGAAUCAAACCAAACAUGCUAUUUAACCCCUUGGGAUUAUAGCAUGUUGUCUGCACACUGUAUUCAAAAGGGCCUGCUAUUCCAGAAGCCCGCACCACUAGUUAAUCAACAAGAUUUCAUCAACAAUCUUUUGGACAAGCUCAAACACUCACUUUCUCUCACCCUAUUCCAUUUCUAUCCAUUGUGUGGACGCUUUGUCACACACAAAACCCAAGACCCUCCCACUUAUUCCAUUUUCGUUGAUUGUAUCAAUAGUGAUGGAGCCAAAUUCAUCUAUGCUACUUUAGAUUUGACCAUAUCUGACAUCAUCUCCCCCGUUGAUGUCCCACCCAUUGUUCAAUCAUUCUUUGAUCAACACAAAGCACUUAACCAUGAUGGUCACACCAUGCCCUUGUUGUCCAUCCAGGUCACUGAAUUGUUGGAUGGUGUUUUUAUAGGUUGUUCCAUGAACCACUCUAUUGGUGAUGGCACUUCGUAUUGGAAUUUCUUCAAUACAUGGUCCGAGAUCUUUCGAGGCCAAGCUAAAGGGCAUGAACAUGAUACUCCCAUUUCACUCCAACCCAUUCUCAAACGCUGGUUUCCAGAGGGCUAUGGUCCAAUGCUCAAUCUUCCCUUUAAACAUCAUGACGAGUUUAUUAGUAGGUUUGAAGCGCCCCAACUCAGAGAGAGAAUCUUUCACUUUUCAACAGAUUCCAUUGCUAAACUAAAAGCAAAGGCUAACUCUGAGUCUGACACGACAAAAAUCUCUUCAUUCCAAUCCUUAUCAGCACUUGUUUGGAGAUCCAUAACUCGUGCGCGCCGCUUGCCACAUAAUCAGAGAACAAGUUGCAAGCUGUCCAUAAACAACCGCACAAGAUUGGAACCGCCACUGCCUCAGGAGUACUUUGGAAACUCAAUUCAUACGCUGAAUGCGGGCACCACGGUUGGGGAAUUGCUUGAGAAUGAUCUGGGUUGGGCAGCGUGGAAGUUGCACGUGACUAUUGCAAACCAUAACGAUAGAGCGGUGCUGCAGCUGCUGAAAGAGUGGUUAAAGUCUCCUUCGAUAUAUCAACUUGGUCAAUUCUUUGACCCGUUCUGUGUGAUGAUGGGUAGCUCACCAAGGUUCAACAUGUACGGAAAUGAAUUUGGAAUGGGUAAAGCAAUAGCUGUUAGAAGUGGCUAUGCCAACAAAGUUGAUGGAAAGGUUACGUCAUACCCAGGUCGUGAAGGAGGAGGAAGCGUGGAUUUAGAAGUGUGCCUUUCACCAGAGACAAUGAGUGCAUUGGAAUCAGACCAAGAGUUCAUGAAUUCUGUCUCAGUGUGUGCACCAUAUUGA